ACUUUAUAUUAAUAAGACUACUGGAAGUCAUUUUUGCAAAAACUGUGGAUUAUCGGGAACCUGGAGUCAAUUUAAGUUCAAACCAUAGAAUCAUAGUUUUCAAAAUUUGAUUCAGAGGAAAGAGCGGUAGUAUUGCAAUGUUUCCUCCAUAUAUCAAGGGAUAUGCUGACUUACAUGCACCUGGCCCACCCUCUGAAAGUUCAUGAUCAUGCUGAUCUGUUGAACAAGUGAAUUGAGGACUAUUUUCAAUAAUAAUAAAUUAUGGAAAUGAUGGAGAGGACUCAGCCAUUAUUGCACAGGUAAACACGAUCUUGCACAGGUAAACAUGAUCUUGCACAGGAAAAUAUGAAAACAUGAUUGGGAGACAAGGAAUACUGAGGGAGACUUCAUAUCUACAUUUAUUUAAUUCUGAACCUUCCUAAUGACAUCUGCAGUAUUUAUAGUGGGAAGAUCUGUGAUUUGAGUUUCAUUUUGCUUUCAUAAUAUUAGAUUUGGGGCUGGGGUGAUAUUGUGCAGAGAAAUAAGAUACUAGUAACUCUUACAGAUUCACAAACAUCAAAACCUGACAAAACCAAUUUCAAUUUUGUUGUUCAGUUACAUGUUUAUUGUAUAGUAAAAUAAUCUGGGAGAGAAUUUGAAGAGCCACAAAAAGGAGUUCUGUCAGUGGCAGUGACAGAUUUGGAAUCUCUAUUUUAGCAGCUGAAUUAUUAUAAUAAUGACAAGUUGUCAAACAUCAACCACUGUCACCAAAAGUAAUUUUUUUUUCACAACUACCCUACCUCGGAGAUUCACCAGUGUGAUCAUACUACAUAAUCAACUUUUGCUCUCAGGUCUGUCUAACCAUUCAAGUUGAAAUUGUGUAUUUAGACCUGUUUUUUAUAAAUGUAGAAGAUACACGAAGGAAACAUUUCUCAAGAGGCAAAUCAAUUCUCUUCAAAUGGCAAUCAUGUUGAAAGCAGUUCAGAUUUAGCCAGACAAAUAUGGGAAAAGUCUACUUCACUGACUCAGUGUGAUCAUGAGAUGUGGGAAAAGUUUAUUAAUCAUUUCUCAGUCAAGGAAUUAAGAAGGGAUGUAUUGGAGAAAUUUCAAGUCAGAUUUGUUGAACAUGAGUUCAAGGAGCAAAAUGGAAGGUCAAGAAAAUAUGAGUGUAUAUUAUUCCCAUGGUAUGAUGUCAGCAAGGAAACUGUUAGGGGCGUUAAGCUUGUGAGGCUGGGAUCUGACUCAUCUGACUCCUGCAUUGCUAUUGAACCACGGCAGGGCUUUUUGGGACUAUUUGGUUGGAAUACUGUAGAUUCUGAAAAAAAGGAGGUUGUUUUGACUUCCAACGAGUUUGAUGCUAUUGCUGUGAGUCAAUCAACUAUGUAUCCAGCCAUUUCCCUUCCAAUGGGAACAAACUCCCUUCCUCUUGAGGUUCUACCACAACUUGAACAAUUUGAGAAGAUUGUUCUUUGGUUUGGAAAUGAUGUUUUCUCUCGGCAUGCAGCCAAUCAGUUUUCAAAGAAGUUAAACUUGAAAAGGUGUUUCCUAGUCAGGCCAAAUGAUGACAAAUUUCCAGCAAAUGCCUUAGAUGCUUUAAAUUUGGGUUAUGAUCUCACAUCAUUAAUUUCUGCUGCUCAACCAAUCAGCCAUGAAAAAAUCACUACUUUCCACCAGUUGAGGAGUGAAGUUUUUGAUCAGUUUGUUAAUGCUGAGCAAGUCGCCGGAGUGAAGUGGAAGAGAUUUCCAAAAUUAAACAACAUUCUGAAAGGUCUACGGCGAGGAGAAGUGACAGUGUUUACAGGGCCCACUGGAGCAGGAAAAACAACUUUAUUAAGUGAAAUGUCACUUGAUCUCUGUAUGCAGGGGGUGAACACGCUUUGGGGAAGUUUUGAGAUUCGUAAUGUACGCCUUGUGAAAAUGAUGAUGUGUCAGUAUUCGGGAUUGAAUUUAGAGAGAAACGUUGAGCAGUUUCAUUACUGGGCAGACAAGUUUGAGAUGUUACCAAUGUACUUCAUGUGUUUCUACGGAGCUCAGAACAUUAACACUGUCAUCGAAACCAUGAGUCAUGCUGCUUAUGUGUAUGACAUCGAACACGUCAUCGUCGACAAUCUACAGUUUAUGACCUCAUAUCUAAGCCGUGGGGACGACCGAUUUUCGGCUCAGAAUCACGUGAUCUCAGCACUGAGGAAUUUUGCUAGCACCAGGAAUGUACAUGUCACUUUGGUCAUCCAUCCAAGAAAGGAAAAUGAUGAUGUUGAACUGCAAACAGCGUCCAUCUUCGGUACAGCAAAAGCCAGUCAAGAAGCAGACAAUGUGGUCAUUCUUCAGAGCAAGAAAGGAGCAGCUAAUAAAUAUCUUCAGGUUACGAAAAAUCGCUUUGAUGGUGUACUGGGCCGCGUUCCUUUGGACUUUGUCAGAGAAUCUCUAUCAAUGUCAGGAUUUGGUAAAACAUUCUCAUCAAUGAACACCAGUGACAGAAAUGGAAGGCUUCCUGAAAAGCUUAACGCAACUAGAGUGACGGCAGACGUGAAUAUUGUGAAGUUUUCAGCGCCAAGAAUUAUUGGGGCGCAGAGAUCAGCACAACAAAAUGGAGUGACACCAAAGACGGUUUCUUCUACGCCUGCUAAGGAGAAUAAAGACGUAGUAGCGUCGGAUGAAGUUACAAGAAAUGUGAAUUACAUAAGCAAGAUCAACGGUGAAUCAAAUCAUAAUGAAACAGUUAUGGAAAGCGACAACACUUCUGAUAAAAUCUCGGAAGAAAAAAAGGAAAGUGUAAAAAAAGCAGUCAAAAAGAUUCUAAGCGGCACCCGCUUGUACACUAAAGCCGUCAAUGGUCCACGAAACAGUACUAGUGUGGGUAAAUCUUCGUGGAGGCGAGUUGUAACCCAAUCCAGCGAGUAACCCGGAAUUUGCGUAACAGUUAAACCUGCAUUAGGCGUCUAUCCUCGGGAAAGAGCCAGAUGAUCGCUGACUAAGUUUGGAGAGAUAUGUGGCAGAAGAAGACAAAAAAUUAAUAAAUAAAGUCGAUCACAAAAAUUUAAUUAAAUUAGUUAAGUGUGGUCUUGAUGCAGUGAAGCUAUGUUCAAAAUCAUUUUGACAGUCAUUCAACAUCAAGUAAAAAAAUUAGUUAUGGUC